UCGUUUAAAGUUAAAAAUGGUAGCUGCGAGUUGUGAUCUGGAUAAAAACAACAACAAUUACCAUAGCCAAUGAAACCUGAAUAAGAAAAAAAAGAUCAAUCAUAUAAAUCGAUAAUAUUACUUAAAACAUCAUUAACAAUUUAAGCUCUCAAAGAAGUAUUAAUUCUUAAAUGAAGUAUAUUACCUGCAACAAUAAGAAACGAAUUUUUAUCCAGAUUUCAUUAAAUUGUGCAUACCGUCCCAUUAAUUGUUGUGAAAAUUUUGUUCAAUUCUCAAAAAUUACUUAUAGUUGUAAUGCUGAACCAUGCAUCAUUCAUCUUAUAUGAAUAAUGCUUUUCAUCAAAACCAUCAAUAUAAGCAAGAUGCACCAGGUUCAUCAACAAGUCUAUUUUACACUGGGUUUGGUCGAAAUUCUCCUCAAAAUCCAAACAAUUCAUCAGAUAUUUUCAAUAAAUCUGUGCUGCCAGAUCAACCAAGCUUGUUUAUGUCAUCUCCACCAUCACAAAUACCACCAACUCCACCACCACAAAUACCACCAACUCCACCAACAUCAAGUUACAAUGCAUCAAAUAUAGAACAAAAUUCAGUAUCAAAUCCAUAUAGAACAAAUAGAGGGCGCAGAUCAUACCAUACAACAAAUACAUUGUUUAGUGGGAACUCUUCGAAAAGCUCGUCUAAUUUUUUUGAAACAUCUUCUUUGGCUUCAUCUGCUUCUGUUAAAAGCAAUCUACUGUCAGAUAAUGUUCAACCACAUAUUCCUUCAAAUUACCAGCCUUUUUCAAACUUUCCAAUUGCAUCAAAUCAGUACACAGAUCAAUAUAAUACUUUAAAUACUGUCUCUGAAUCACAAACUUUAAAUGAAAGUGAUAGAAACUUAGGUGAGCUAAUGAAGUGUUUUGAGAAUGAUAGCAAAGUUAGUACAAGCACAGUAAAGAAACCAUUAACAAAAGAGGAGAGGAGAGAAGUUCGUGAACGUGCUCGAAAAGCUAGAUUGAGAAUCAAAAAUCAAGAUGAUAGCACUAAUAGUUUUGAAGGACUUAUUAGUGAAAUCUCGUCCCAAGGGACUUCUUUGUGUUCAGAUGUUUCAGCAGACAUCCAAGAUGGAAAACUAUUUACAAACUCAUAUAAUACUAAUGAUUUUGUUGAUUCAACUCAAAGAGGAGAACUAUCAGCAACAUUAAGUAACCAAGAUCAUAUACAAAACAAUUAUUAUUAUCAUAAUAAUUUUUACAAUUCUGAAUCAUAUGGAAAUACAAAUUCUGAUAACAAACUUCAGAGUGAUAGUUACAACUAUACUGAAGAACAUUUGCCUAAAACAAACUUUUUAUCCAACGCUUUUCCUCAUUCAACUGACAUAGCCGAUCAUAAAUCUAGUAGUUUUACAGAGGCGCAUCCUGAAACUCAUGGCGAUAUCUCAGAUAUGACAAGUUCUUAUAAAAACAUUACUCCGUUACAAGACUUGUGGGCAAACUCACAACAUGGUUAUAUAAAAUCGCAACUUGAUUUUAUUAAUGAUAAUCAGGACUUGUCUAAACAUAAUGAUCAGCAUUCUAGAACUUUUUAUACUAAUGAGUCAAGUGCUGAUACUAAUCUGCAAGCCUCUUACAAUGAAAAACUGAAUGUUACAACUGAUCAAAAAUCUUUAUACAAUGAACAAUUUAAUUUUCCAAUUAAUUCAAAAGCCUUUUACUUUAGUGAGUCUAAUGCUUCAACUAAUCCACAAGAUUUUUACAUUAAUGAGUCUAAUGUUCCAACCAAUUCACAACCAUUAGACAAUUUUUAUCAGAAUGAUUUUAAUAGUAAUGAAGUUGAUCAGAAUUGUGAAAGUAACAAAACUGAGUUAAUUGAUAUCAAUGAAGCAAAUUUUGAAAGGAACAAAAUUGAACUUUAUGACAGUUUCAGGAAUAAUGAACCAUAUUCUAAUUUCAGAGAACAAUUUAGAAAUGAAGAGGCAUCACAAAACUUACAAGACAAAUUUCCUUCUUUUACAGAAUCAAGUCUUGUAAUUAGACAUAAAAGUGAAAUACCAAGUGUAUCAAGUAAUGAUUUAGUUGAAACUCAUGAAUGUCAAACACUUUCUUCAUUAGAAAGUCAUGAUAAAUUUUCUUCCAAACUUAACUUACAGACUUUUAAUUAUGACAAUAUAGUUGAAAAUAUAAAUCAACUUAAUGUAUCUCCAGACAUUAUUUUAUAUGAAAGUGCUGAAACACCAGUUAAUGACAAUGCUAAUGAUUUUGCACCUAAAAAUAAAGAUCAAGUGGUCUAUACUCCAAAUGAACAAAUGUUAUCCGAUGAUGAAAAAACAACGUCAGGUGGCCAUAGCUCUUAUGAUGUACUUUCUCAACUAUCGUCAGGAAAUACAUCAAGAAUAAGUCCAUACCAAUUAAUUGAUGCAAUAAAAUACCCUGCUCCAUCUUCAUUAAAUUCUAAUAAUAGUUCUCCAUUAGAGAUGAUCCAAAAUGUUUCUAUUGGAUCUUCUCUGUAUGAAAAGGUUAAUGCUGCUUCUUCUGGUUCAAUUAACACAAACAGUUUUGAUUUAGGUGAGUUUACACCGGAAGUUGUUAAUCCACAUGUUGAAAAAUUGAAUACUUCAGAGGAAGAAAAUAGUAUAAAUAAACAAAAUUUGUUGAAAAAAAAAAUGUUUGAUAUAUUAAAUAAUGCAGAGCAUGCUGGGCGACAUCCUAUAAGUGUACCAUCUCCAGGUAGCUCUUUAAGCUAUGCUAACUUUGUCUCAAAUGUGCCUACUAAUUUUGAUGUUUCAAUUUCAAACACAUCUUCAUCAAUUGUUAAUGGACCUCCUAAAAAACUGGUUGAUCAAAGUAGUACUUUAUUAGAUAAUAAAGUUGAUCUAUUAAAAAACUCUAGUAAUUUCUCAGUUUUUGCAGAAGAUACUUCUUUCAAAAAUCAAAUAUUUACAAGCAACCUAAGCACUAGUAACUCAAAUUUUUCAAAACAAAAUGCAAGUGAAACACAAAGUUCAAGUUUGGAAAAUUCACAUGAUACUGCACUAUUAAACAGUUCUGAAAAAUUGUCUCAGAAAGCAACUAAACCAGAAAAAUCUACUCAGUUUCAUGAAAAUUAUUUUAAUAGUAGGCAGAUAGAGCUAGAUAAAUCAACUAGUAAUCCAGCAUAUGAAAAUAGCAUUUAUACUGAUUAUAAACCAAGUGAACAACCAUUAUACUAUGAGUCAAAAGAACAUUUAUUGCAUUAUGAACCAAAAAGUUAUCCAUCACACAAUGAGCCAAAAGAUCACCAUGAAACAAAAGUACAGGCAUCACUUUAUGAACCAAAAGAACAUCCGUCACAGUAUGAAGAAUUUCAAGUAACUCAAUCUGAGCAAUGUCUAACAAGAGAGUUGUCUGUUGCACCUAAUGUUGAAAUAUCAAAAAUUCAUAAUCAACCUGGCUCACUAGAGUUGUCUAAAAGUCAAAUCUUAAAUACAGAAGUUGCUAGAAAAAAAUUACAUUACCCAGAUCCAAAUAGUCAUUCAAUCAAUCAACCAGUUAUUCAGCAGAGAUCAACUUCGGAGCCUCAGUCUUCCAUGAAUCAAAAUCAGGAGGAAAAAUCAACUUUGCAUACCAAUCAGUCUAUAAAUGGCAAAACAAGUUCAUUUCAGGUAAAUAAAGAUAUUUUUUAUUCACCUUUUGCGCAAUUAUCUAGUUCAAAACAAGAAACUAUUUCAAAGAACUUGAUACUAGUUCACCAGUCUACAUCUAAGGAGGUUUCACAAUUAUGUCAAAACAGCUCCAUUUCAAGUAAUCAGGCUGUUGAUGUUAUUCCUGUAACUAAUCAAACUGACGUAUUAAAAACUCAUGUACAACCUUCAAAUAAUUUUAAUUCUCAAUCAUCAUUACCUCAAAGUUCUUCAGUACAAGAAAGUUAUCCUUCUCAACUACCAUUACCUCAACCAAGUCUUACACAACAAUACAAUUAUCCUUCUCAGUCACCAUUACCUCAAUCUAGUUAUAAAGUACAUGAAAAUUAUCCCUCUGUGCCUCAACCAACUUAUACAGCACAAGAAAACUAUACUUCUGUACAAUCAAACUAUACACCACAAUACAAUACUUCUCAGUAUAGCCAACAAAAUAUAAAACAAAAUCAAAACAAUAGCACGGCAGAAAGGUCUGAGCACUUGAAAAAUCUUACUGAUAUUCAAUCGAUAAGCCAGCAGAGCCUUAAUCAAAUCGAAAGGCCUCAAGUUCAUCAAAGUAAUGCUAGUCAGUUCAACCUUACACAAAAUCAAAUGUAUCCAUUUAACCCAAGCAAUAUUCAGGGUAAUUUGAACAAUGUUCAGGGCGUUCAAGAUCAGCUGCAUUUAAAUAAUAACUUUAACAAUUAUUCAACUCCUAUUCCUUUAACAAAAGAAAUUCCACCAACGAUUGAGCAGACAUCUUCUCAUAUAAUUGGUCCGAAUGUUGCUUAUCCUAAUCAGUUUAAUCAAUACCCAGUACAGCAGCCUAUGGUUUAUGCUCCAGAAAGUUUUCCACCAUUUAAUCAUUACAAUCUUUAUGGUGGAAUAUACCCUAAUGCAUGGCCUCAUGGUCUAGAACAAAUUCAUAUGCAACAGCAGUAUGAACAACAGUAUAUGGAUUACUAUCAGCAACAAGCAGCCUACUAUAAUUAUUACAAUCAACAGCUUACAGCACAGUUUCCCCCUCAUCCUCAUUAUGAUUAUUCUCAAGCUUAUGGUUGGCCAGGAUAUUAUGAUCAGUACUCAUAUACAUCUAGUUCUGCAAGUUCUGUUUAUGAAAGUAGACCUACUUCAGUGAUAGAAAGACAAAGUUCAAAAAAUUCAGACCAAGCAUUAGAUGAAUUGCCAGACUUUUCAAGUGAAUUGUCUUUUCAGCACCCAGAACCCAAAGAAACGGAGAUUAAAGUGAAUAGAUCAACACCAUUAAGUUUUACUGGAGUUCACUUAAGAGCUCGUUUUAAUCCCAUUGAUGGAAAGUUGUGUAUUGUUGCACCCAAACAGCCUCUUGAUGGCGAAAUAGCCUAUGUCCAAAACUAUGCUCUUGAGAGUAUUGUUCCGAUUCCAAUUCAUAAACGAUUUCCAGGACCACUUUUACGCGGCGACACAAAUAAAAAGUAUAUACUUCGACUUGUGCUAAGUACUGUUCAAGAAGUUCUUCCAACUGUUUAUGAAAAUGAAAAUGAAUUAGUUGCCCAAACAGCACUAUGGGAGUUUGUGGGUUUGCUUGUUAAACAAAAUGGUACGUUUGAUGGAUCAGAUAUUGCUGAUAUGUUGUGCUCAUUAAUAUCAAAAACUGAGGUUGAUGGAGUUAAAAAAUCUCCUCUUGUCCACAGUUAUACACCUAGGGUUAUAAGUGAAAAAAAUUUAGAGGAUUAUCACCAAUAUAUGACCACAGGCCAAGUUAGAGAUGGCCUUGAGCAUACUAUUAGGUAUGAAAUGUGGGGCCAUGCAUUUAUGUUGGCAACAUCAUUAGGUGGACGCUAUUUACAACUUGUUCAGUCAAGAUUUAUGGAUAGUUUAAAGCCAAGUGAUCCUUUAAAAACAUUGUACUCUUACCUGAGUGGGCGAGAUGUUGAGUAUUUUAAGAAACAAGCAGCAGUUGAAACAUGGAUUCAAAAUUUAUGCAUUCUUGCUUCAAAUACAUCCGGUAACAAACAAAAAGAUAGAGAAAGGCUGAUAGCUUUUGGAGAUGGCCUAAGAGACUUACAUAUGGUUGGUGCAGCACAUUUAUGCUACUUGCUUGCUAAACUUCCUUUUGGCCUUCACACAUCAAAUGAUUCUAAAAUUGUAUUGAUAGGUUUAGAACACAGGUUGCAUACCACAAAACAAGCAAGUGUUUGGGCACAACCUUUAAAUAUACAAUUGACUGAGCUUUAUCAAUUUGCUCUUACUUUGAAUGAUUUAACUUUCACAAUACCUGCUUUUCAAAAUUACAAAUUUGAAUAUGCUCUUCAACUCAUGGAAUAUGGAUAUUGCACCGAGGCUCUUGCUUACUUUGAAUCGAUUAGCUUAGCGAUUUUAAAGGAACCAUCAAAUGAAUAUUAUACACAACAUUUAAUAAAAAAGAUAAUUAAGUAUGCUGAGCAAGCAUUACUUAAUGGUAUCAAGUAUUAUGAAGAUCGAGAUGUACCUGAUUGGCUUAAUCAAUUGCACGCAUUAGAAUUAUCCAUAUCUUCAACUUGCAUUACAUCUGUUUUUUCUGGAAAUAAUAAUUUAUCAUUUGAACAUAAUAAAACUGGCAAUGUUGAUUCAAAUCAAAAUAAAUCAAAUCAAAAUAAAACAAAUGUUGAGUCUUUUAUGUCUCAACACAGUCAUUCAGAAUCAGUGAGGUCAUCUUCCACUAACGAGGACAGUCAAUUAAAUGUUAAUGGAAGUGUUACAGAAACUGUUCAGUUUAAUAUGACAAAUGGUUUGGACGCUAUUAGCAAUUUUAAUGCAAAUGAUAAUCCUUAUUUUAUACCUGACUCAAACGAAAAUGUUUACAAUUUUAAUGCAGAAGAAAGAACACAUUAUGAUGACAGACAGAAUAAUGCAUACGAAGCAAGUGUAUAUUCAGAAGAAAGCUCUAAUGAAAGGGCUUCAAACAGUCGAGAGGGAUACUUCAAUGAACAAUCACUAAGUUAUAGGGAAGGUUAUCAAUAUGGAUAUCUUGAAAAUGAUCUUGCUGGUUACAAUAACAUGUGGCAUAAUAGCAAUACGAACAUGAACCAAGUAAAUGACAAUCAUGAUUACCAAGAUUUCACACUUAGCGGUCAAUCACUAGAUACAGAUAUGCAGACAGACUCUAUUACUGAAAAACAAUCUGAGUUUCAAGACUCCAAGUUUGAACCUGAGGAAGAUUUGUUUAGUGAAUUUUCAAAAAAAAAAAGCAACAAUGCUGUUAAUGAUAAUUUCAAACAAGAAAAAAAUGAAUCUUCCAAGAAAACAACUAAACCUAAACAACCUGUUAACAAUAAAAAGGGGUGGCUUGGUAGUAUUAUUUCAAAAUUUACUCCUGCAAAAGAAAUUCAUUUACCUGAUGACAAGGACAAUUCUAUUUAUUAUGAUGAAACUUUGAAGCGUUGGGUAGAUAAGAAUGAAAAUCCUGCAGAAGCACGAAAAGCGUUACCGCCGCCUCCAACAAGUUUUAGCACACUUUCUACUACUGCUGCUGCUGUUCUACCUCCCACAGCACCAACUGUAGUCUCUGAUUCUAAAACAUUACCUUCUAAUGGCUUGCCGCGUCGAUCUUCCUUAUCUAAGCGACAUAGUGUGACUAAAGUUAAACCAGAGGAUAAUAGUAAUUUAUCUGAAAAAAACAAUGCUGUUAAAGAGUCAGCUGUCUCAGCAGAAUCAGAAAAAAAAGUCGGUCCACCAAGUAAAUUUUCAAUGCGAGCUCAAGGAGGUAAUGCAAAACGUGGUCUUCGUUAUGUGAAUGCAAUGGGAAAUAAUGCAUCAACAACAGCACCUACUACUGUUCUAGAUCCUUUUAUAUCAGCAGGUACUAAUAGUUCGAAUAAACAGGGCAAUCAAAAUAAUAAGCCAAUGUAUUUUGACCCAUCACAAGCGUCAUCCUAGAUGAUCAGCUAUUCAAUAUUUUCAGAGUUUAUAUUUUUUGUUCGCUCUUGUAGAUUUUUGGUUAACUAAAUUUUGUAAAAAUAUGGAAUUCUUAACAGAUAAUAUUAAAUUUUAUUUAUAGAAAUUAAAAAAAAAAAA